AUGUAUCUUCUUAGGUUUCAAAAUUGGUACAAAGUUUAUGUCGUAUUUGAUCUAUCUACUACAGAAAUAUUCAUUUCUCGCAAUGCUGUUUUUUAUGAAUCCACUUUCCCUUAUGCUGAUAUCAUUGACUAUUUUCUUGUUAGUACUGACUCUGCAGCUGAAGAUUAUUCCAUUUUUUGUUUGAUGAUCCUACUCAUCCUGCAACUUGCAACAUACCUCUUUCUGCUCCUCAAACCGUGCCUUCACCAACUACUGCACCAAUCUCUAAUUCCUCCUCUUCUGAACCUAUUAUUACUGCUGCUCCUCUGCCAUCUCAUAUUCCUAAUUCCAAUCAAAACCAAACUAUUGAAAACACCAACCUCAGACGAUCAUAGAGGACUACAAAAGCUCCUAGAUAUCUCAAAGAUUUCCAUUGUUAACUUAAACCUAAAACUGGAACCUCUACCACAAACUUGA